AUGUUGGCGAGUAGAGAGUUUCACGAAACCUGUUCAAGCAAGGCGACGGUCGGCCAUAACCCAACAAUCCCAGCUGCUCACCCUCGUGGCCAAAGCCAGCCAUGUGCUAGUCACCCUCCUAAUUCUAUCGCCUUUCCAUUUACUCAACCCACAAUUUGUGUCAAUGAGCUGGGAAACAAUUCCUCCAAUUAUGCUUCCGUGGCUCCCCGCGGACACUCACGCCUUCCUCCUCUCUCCUACACCGAACUGGUCUUCGCAUGGACACAAACACAUACACAUACACAUACACAUACACAUGUACAUACACAUACACAUAAACACGCUUGCAAGUGA